AUGUCUCUGCUCAACGAUCUCAUCUACUUGGACCUUUCUGAAACUACUGAGAAAACCAUUGUUGAAUACAUAUGGAUUGGUGGAUCUGGGAUGGACCUCAGAAGCAAAGCCAGGACUGUCUCUGGACCAGUCACUGAUCCUUCACAGCUUCCCAAGUGGAACUAUGAUGGUUCUAGCACAGGUCAAGCCCCUGGUGAGGACAGUGAAGUCAUUCUGUAUCCUCAGGCAAUAUUCCCUGAUCCAUUCAGGAGAGGAAACCACAUACUUGGACCAUACUAUUGUCCCAUUGGUGCUGAUAAGGCCUUUGGACGUGAUAUUGUUGAUGCUCACUAUAAAGCAUGUAUUUAUGCUGGCAUAAACAUUGGUGGCAUCAAUGGAGAAGUUAUGCCUGGCCAGUGGGAAUACCAAGUUGGUCCAUCAGUCGGCAUCUCUGCAGGAGAUCAAGUAUGGGUGUCCCGCUAUAUUCUUGAGAGGAUAACAGAGAUUGCCGGGGUGGUUGUCUCUUUUGAUCCCAAGCCUAUUCCGGGUGACUGGAAUGGAGCUGGUGCUCACACCCACUACAGUACCAAGUCCAUGAGAAGUGAUAGAGCAUUUGAAGUUAUUAAAGCCGCCAUUGACAAGCUUGGGCACGAAACUGCUGACAUCAACACCUUCUUAUGGGGCGUGACGAAUCGUGGAGCUUCAAUCAGGGUUGGCCGGGACACAGAGAAAGCUGGCAAAGGUUAUUUUGAAGACAGAAAUAUGGAUCCGUAUGUUGUCACUUCCAUGAUCGCAGAGACGACCAUCCUCUGGAAAUUAUGA